UGUUUUUUUGGAUAUCUUCUUCCCAAACAGUUAGUUCCUUAAAAAACACUCCUCAAAGAAAAGAAAAAUCUCACUCCCCAAAACGACAUCGCAAUGACGAAACUUCUCUCUCUCCUCUCGCUCCUCCUCCUCCUCCUCGUCCUAGUACCUCUCUCCUCUCAAUCAACAAUCGCAGGAAACCCGCCGUCUGCGGCCCACACCGAGCUAACAAAUUACGGCUUCCCGAUCGGUCUCCUCCCGGCCUCCGUUGUCAACUACAAUCUCAAUCAAACCUCCGGCGACUUCUCCGUAAAUUUCGGUGGUUCGUGUAAAAUCACGCUACCUCCAGACAAUUACUUGGCCACGUACUCUAAAAAGGUGACCGGUAAGAUUGUUGCGGGCCGGAUCGCGGAGCUGGAUGGUAUACGGGUGUGGGCAUUUUUCAAAUGGUGGUCUAUAACAGGAAUUAGGUCAAGCGGUGAGGAUUUGGUUUUUGAGGUUGGAAUGGUUACUGCUAAAUAUCCGUCUAAGAAUUUCCUCGAGAGUCCUCAGUGUGAAGGCAAGCACUCCGCUUCAUGAGAGGGCAGGGUCUGUCUGUUGGAUGCAUUCAUAUUUCAUUUCAUGUUUUUCUGUCCUAAGCUAGAAGGCUUUAUGCAGAUUCAAUAAAUUAUUAUAAGGCAGUUGUAUUAUCUAGUGUACAAUGAUCUGGAACCUCAUGCAUAGCUUUAGAUCUGUAUAUAUGCCACUUGAAGUAAUGCUAAUCUUAUUUGGACUUGCA